AUGUCGACAACAGACCCGAUACCCCAGUCUUCUGCCGAAGGGUCCGCAGUUGAGACAGAGAGGAGGCAGCAGGCAGAUCCACUGCCGUCGAAGGUUGGAGAAAUAGGAUUCCAGGAGGGUGUGCAUGCCGUACGAGAUCGCUCACAGGACGUUCCGGGUGUAGUCCUCCCCGCCCGCCAUCCUGCUGACAGAGGCACUCCAUCGCCCACGAGCGAUGCUGUACCCAGUGCAGAUUCUCCCAUUCAGCCGUCGACACCCUCCCAAGACGCUGCAUCACCCCCUGAAUCCAUCGUCAAAUCAUCCAGUCUACUUGGCUUCUUGAAGCCAGACAAGACGAUCGGUGGGCUUCACCUCACCACCAUCCUCAUCUUCCUUCUCCAACUAUCUCUGUUCGCCGGGACGAUUGUCGCAUGGGUCUUUGCGACAAGACUUCUCCUGAACGUUGGAAAUGACGGACAGCGUUUGCCUGGGGGCCAAUCAUCAGCCGUCUUCGUCCACGUCGUUUUUGUCAUCGCAAUCAUCGGACAACUCAUAUUUUUAGAACGCCGUUUAUUCCGCCUGCGAGGGGAACGCUAUAGUCAUCUCCAUCCAGGCGAGCUAUUACCGCGACACAGGUCUGGUCCAACCCCCCACACAGGAAUUGCCUUCGCGCCUUGGAAUCGACCUCCACUUCCGACAUACGCCGCGGCACUCGCUCAAAGUGGUGCAGGGACUGGAGAUGUAGAGGACCACCUCAUCGCCGCCCCGCCGCCACCAGCGUAUGGCAACACGCGAGGAAGUACUCUCCUUUUGGCGGGCUUCCUACGAGACAGUCUGCGCGCUCAACGACCUCAAUCAGCAACCAGUCAAAGCGCACCAACACCAACGUCAAGACCACUCAGUUACGUCAGUCGGGACGAGCAAUGGGAAGAAAUCCAAAAUGCGGAUAGGGCUUUGCGGUUAGAGGAAACGCUCAGUCGGCUGGAGGCCCCCCGGCCAGUAACCACAAGAUCAUAG